AGUUGGGAGGCAAAUUGUUGAAUCAGCAAGAAAUUCAGAGGUCCGCUUUACCGCCUCUCCAAGACAAUUCUUCUUCUUCUCCUUCUUCUCCUUCUUCUUCUUCAACCUCUUCGCCCAUUCUUCUACCUCUGUCGGGAACCCUGUAAUCAUGAUUAAAGUGAGUGUAAAGUGGCAAAAAGAGCUGUUCCGUGAUGUUGAAAUUGACACCAGUCUGCCCCCAUAUGUUUUCAAGGGCCAGUUGUAUGAACUCACAGGGGUACCUCCUGAAAGGCAGAAGAUUAUGGUUAAGGGUGGUAUACUGAAGGAUGAUGCAGAUUGGUCAACGGUAGGAGUAAAAGAGGGUCAAAAAUUAAUGAUGAUGGGCACAGCAGAUGAGAUUGUUAAGGCCCCAGAGAAGGGCCCUGUCUUUAUAGAAGAUCUUCCUGAAGAGGAACAAGUUAUUGCAGUGGGUCACAGUGCUGGCUUGUUUAAUUUGGGAAACACAUGUUACAUGAAUUCAACAUUACAGUGUUUGCAUUCUGUUCCCGAGCUGAAGUCGGCUUUGAUUAAGUACUCUAAUGCUGGCCGUAGUGAUGUGGAUCAAACUUCACACAUGUUAACUAUUGCAACCCGGGAUUUAUUCAGUGAGCUUGAUAGAAGUGUCAAGGCAGUGGCACCUAUGCAGUUCUGGAUGGUGCUGCGGAAAAAAUAUCCUCAAUUUGGCCAGCUGCAGAAUAGUACAUUCAUGCAACAAGAUGCUGAAGAAUGUUGGACACAACUUCUUUACACUCUAUCUCAGUCCCUUCGGUCAGCAGGUUCCAGUGAAAUCCCCGAUGCUGUAAAGGACCUAUUUGGCAUUGAUCUUGUUAGCAGAGUACAUUGUCAGGAAAGUGGAGAGGAAAGUUCGGAAGCAGAAUCAGUUUAUUCACUUAAAUGUCAUAUAUCACAAGAAGUGAACCAUUUGAGUGAAGGAUUAAAGCAUGGUUUAAAAUCAGAAAUAGAUAAAGUAUCUCCUUCACUGGGGCGCAGUGCAAUUUUCUUGAAGGAAUCUCGUAUUAAUAGCCUGCCAAGGUAUUUGACAAUUCAAUUUGUCCGCUUUUUUUGGAAGAGGGAGUCAAAUCAGAAGGCCAAAAUUUUGAGGAAAGUGGAUUAUCCUUUGGAGUUGGAUGUGUUUGAUUUGUGUUCAGAUGAUCUUCGCAAACAAUUGGAAGGUCCUCGACUGCUUUUGAGGAAUGAGGAAGGCAAAAAACUUGGUCUGAAACCCAAUGAGAAGACUUCCGAUUCUGCGGACAAGGAUGUAAAGAUAUCUGAUGCAGAAGGUACAUCUACUGGGAUUGAAGCACAGUCAAGUAUUACACCUCAAGAAGAUGCCCCCUCUUCUGACAAGGAAGUACAAAUGACUGGAAUUUAUGAUUUGGUAGCUGUGUUGACCCACAAGGGAAGGAGUGCAGAUUCAGGACAUUAUGUUGCCUGGGUCAAGCAAGAAAGCGGGAAGUGGAUUGAAUAUGAUGAUGAUAACCCCAUUGCACAGAGAGAAGAAGACAUCUUAAAGCUAUCGGGUGGAGGUGACUGGCAUAUGGCAUAUAUAUGCAUGUACAAGGCUCGUGUUGUCCCUAAGUGAUCUCAUUUAUGUUCAAAUUUAAUGCGAGGGCUUCCACAAUUGGCUAAAAGAUUUCAUCAACUAAGUUUGCUUGCCAGAAACUUUCCUAUGUACGCCAAGUGUUUCAAGUAGUUUGGUCUAGCAGCUUGGUGACUAGAAAGCAAGCUGGGCGGUCUGGUUAGAUAUUUUUUUAGAACCAAAUAUGUCAUGUUUAAAUGUGUGGAUCAUUGGCACUGUUUUAUUUACUACCUCUCUAUUUCUGUAUUGGACAAUUUUACAAUUAGAUUUUUCCGUUCUAUUUAUGAACAGGGAAACCAAGUAGUUUUGCUUA